AUGGUAACAGUCAGAGUGGUCAUUUUAUUAGCAGCUGAAAAUGGUUGGAACAUCUAUCAAAUCAAUGUGUUCAAUGCUUUUCUUCAAGGUGACUUGAAUGAGGAUGUAUACAUGGAAUUACCCUUGGGAUUUGAUCAUCAAAGUGAGCAGGGGACAGUAUGCAAGUUGACUAAGUCUCUUUAUGGACUUAAGCAAGCAAAUAAAUUCAAGAUUAAAGAUUUAGGUGGCUUGAGAUAUUUUUUAGGCAUUGAGUUUGCAAGGAGUGAGGCUGAAAUUCUUAUGCACCAGAGAAAAUAUUGUCUAGAGUUGGUAGCAGAUAUGGGGUUGUUCAACUCAAAGCCUGUUAGAGCUCCUAUAGCAUUAAAUCAGAAGCUUACUAUAUCAGAAUUCGAUUCAUAUUUUCCACCUGUUGGCAACACUGACAAGUUUUUAAAAGAUCCUACAAGAUAUCAAAAGCUUGUAGGCAGACUACUUUACUUGACUCUAACCAGGACAGAUAUUGCAUUUGUAGUUCAACUUUUGAGUCAAUUCAUGCAUAAACCUAAAAUAUCUCAUAUGGAAGCAACAAUGAGAAUGGUUAAGUAUGUCAAGCAUUCACCAGGAUUAGGAAUUCUUAUGACUUCUAAAGGUGCAAAGCAAUUGAGAGCAUUUUGUGAUGCAGAUGGGGCAUCAUGUCCAAACACCAGGCAAUCAAUCACUGGAUACUUUGUGUUUUAUGGAGAUUCUUUAGUUUUUUGGAAAUUAAAAAAGCAAAAUAAUAUCUCAAAAAGUUCAACAGAGGCUGAGUACAGGAGUUUGGCAUUUACUGUGGCUGAGAUUAUUCAGCUUGGAUUAGUUCAACCAACAUAUCUACAUACAUCAGAGCAACCUGCAGAUUUACUGACCAAGGGUCUUAAAAUAGUUCAACAUACUUAUCUACUUACCAAGCUAGGCAUGAAGAAUGUGUUUCAUACACCUAGAUUGAGGGAGGAUGUUAAGCGGUUAGUAAAAUGUACAGUUGUCCAUUGAUAGCUAAGCUGUAUAUAGCAGCUAGUUAGAAAUUGUUAGUUAGUUUGUUAAUCUAACUUAGUGACUAAGAUAUGUGUGAUAGCAAUGAGCUAAGAGAGUCUACAAAUAGG